AUGGUGCUAUCCAUGGGACUGACUUCAAUUGCGCUCGGGCACACUCCUACUGAUCCCUGCACUGUGUAUGAUUCUGAUCCCAGCAGACUCUCUCCUACUGAUCCCUACACUCUGAAUGAUUCUGAUCCCAGCACACUCUCUCCUACUGAUCCAUGCGCUGUGUAUGAAUCUGAUCCCAGCACACCCUCUCCUACUGAUCCCUGUGCUGUUUAUGAUUCUGAUCCCAGCACACUCUCUCCUACUGAUCCCUGCACUGUGUAUGAUUGUUAUCCCAGCACAGUCUCUACUACUGAUCCCUGCACUGUGUAUGAUUCUGAUCCCAGCACACUCUCUACUACUGAUCCCUGCACUGUGUAUGAUUCUGAUCCAAACACACUCUCUCCUACUGAUCCCUGCACUGAGUAUGAUUCUGAUCCCAGCACAGUCUCUACGACUGAUCCCUGCACUGUGUAUGAUUCUGAUCCCAGCACACUCUCUCCUACUGAUCCCUGCACUGUGUAUGAUUCUGAUCCCAGCAUAAUCUCUACUACUGAUCCCUGCACUGUGUAUGAUUCUGAUCCCAGCACAGUCUCUACUACUGAUCCCUGCACUGUGUAUGAUUCUGAUUCCAGCACAGUCUCUCCUACUGAUCCCUGCACUGUGUAUGAUUCUGAUCCCAGCACACUCUCUACUACUGAUCCCUCACACUCUCCAACUGAUGCCUGCACUGUGUAUGAUUCUGAUCCCAGCACACUCUCUACUUCUGAUCUGUGUGCUGUGUAUGAUUCUGAUCCCAGCACUCUCUCUACGUCUGAUCCCUGUGCUGUCUAUGAUUCUGAUCCCAGCACACUCUCUACUUCUGAUCUGUGUGCUGUGUAUGAUUCUGAUCCCAGCACUCUCUCUACGUCUGAUCCCUGUGCUGUCUAUGAUUCUGAUCCCAGCACACUCUCUCCUACUGAUCCCUGCGCUGUCUAUGAUUCUGAUCCCAGCAAACUCUCUCCUACUGAUCCCUGCGCUGUCUAUGAUUCUGAUCCCUGCAUUGUGUAUGAUUCUGAUCCCAGGACACUCUAUUUUACUGAUACCUGCGCUGUGUAUGAUUCUGAUCCAAGCACAGUCUCUCCUACUGAUCCCUGCGCUGUAUAUGAUUCUUAUCCCAGCACACUCUCUCCUACUGAUCCCUGCACUGUGUAUGAGCCUGAUCCCAGCACACGCUCUCCUACUGAUCACUGCACUGUGUAUGAUUCUGAUCCCAGCACACUCUCUACUACUGAUCCCUGUGCUGUGCAUGAUUCUAAUCCCAGGACAAUCUCCUCUACUGAUCCCUGCACUGUGUAUGAUUCUGAUCCCAGCACACUCUCUACUACUGAUCCCUGCACUGUCACACUCUCUCCUACUGAUCCCUGCGCUGUCUAUGAUUCUGAUCCCUGCACUCUCUCUACGUCUGAUCCCUGUGCUGUCUAUGAUUCUGAUCCCAGCACACUCUCUCCUACUGAUCCCUGUGCUGUCUAUGAUUCGGAUCCCAGCACUCUCUCUACAUCUGAUCCCUGUGCUGUCUAUGAUUCUGAUACCAGCACACUCUCUCCUACUGAUCCCUGCGCUGUUUAUGAUUCUGAUCCCAGCACUCUCUCUACCUCUGAUCCCUGCACUGUGUAUGAUUCUGAUCCCAGGACACUCUGUUUUACUGAUACCUGCGCUGUCUACGAUUCUGAUCCCAGCAAUCUCUCUACGUCUGAUCCCUGUGCUGUCUAUGAUUCUGAUCCCAGCACACUCUCUCCUACUGACCCCUGCGCUACGUAUGAUUCUGAUCCCAGCACAGUCUCUCCUACUAAUCCCUGCGCUGUAUAUGAUUCUUAUCCCAGCACACUCUCUCCAACUGAUGCCUGCACUGUGUAUGAUUCUGAUCCCAGCACACUCUCUACUUCUGAUCUGUGUGCUGUGUAUGAUUCUGAUCCCAGCACUCUCUCUACGUCUGAUCCCUGUGCUGUCUAUGAUUCUGAUCCCAGCACACUCUCUCCUACUGAUCCCUGCGCUGUCUAUGAUUCUGAUCCCAGCAAACUCUCUCCUACUGAUCCCUGCGCUGUCUAUGAUUCUGAUCCCAGCACUCUCUCUACGUCUGAUCCCUGCAUUGUGUAUGAUUCUGAUCCCAGGACAAUCUAUUUUACUGAUACCUGCGCUGUGUAUGAUUCUGAUCCCAGCACAGUCUCUCCUACUGAUCCCUGCACUGUAUAUGAUUCUUAUCCCAGCACACUCUCUCCUACUGAUCCCUGUGCUGUGUAUGAUUCUGAUCCCAGGACAAUCUCGUCUACUGAUCCCGGCACUGUCACACUCUCUGCUAUUGAUCCCUGCACUGUGUAUGAUUCUGAUCCCAGCACACUCUCUCCUACUGAUCCCUGCGCUGUCUAUGAUUCUGAUCCCUGCACUCUCUCUACGUCUGAUCCCUGUGCUGUCUAUGAUUCUGAUCCCAGCACACUCUCUCCUACUGAUCCCUGUGCUGUCUAUGAUUCGGAUCCCAGCACUCUCUCUACAUCUGAUCCCUGUGCUGUCUAUGAUUCUGAUACCAGCACACUCUCUCCUACUGAUCCCUGCGCUGUUUAUGAUUCUGAUCCCAGCACUCUCUCUACCUCUGAUCCCUGCACUGUGUAUGAUUCUGAUCCCAGGACACUCUCUUUUACUGAUACCUGCGCUGUCUAUGAUUCUGAUCCCAGCAAUCUCUCUACGUCUGAUCCCUGUGCUGGCUAUGAUUCUGAUCCCAGCACACUCUCUCCUACUGACCCCUGCGCUGUAUAUGAUUCUUAUCCCAGCACACUCUCUCCAACUGAUGCCUGCACUGUGUAUGAUUCUGAUCCCAGCACACUCUCUACUUCUGAUCUGUGUGCUGUGUAUGAUUCUGAUCCCAGCACUCUCUCUACGUCUGAUCCCUGUGCUGUCUAUGAUUCUGAUCCCAGCACACUCUCUACUUCUGAUCUGUGUGCUGUGUAUGAUUCUGAUCCCAGCACUCUCUCUACGUCUGAUCCCUGUGCUGUCUAUGAUUCUGAUCCCAGCACACUCUCUCCUACUGAUCCCUGCGCUGUCUAUGAUUCUGAUCCCAGCAAACUCUCUCCUACUGAUCCCUGCGCUGUCUAUGAUUCUGAUCCCAGCACUCUCUCUACGUCUGAUCCCUGCAUUGUGUAUGAUUCUGAUCCCAGGACACUCUAUUUUACUGAUACCUGCGCUGUGUAUGAUUCUGAUCCAAGCACAGUCUCUCCUACUGAUCCCUGCGCUGUAUAUGAUUCUUAUCCCAGCACACUCUCUCCUACUGAUCCCUGCACUGUGUAUGAGCCUGAUCCCAGCACACGCUCUCCUACUGAUCACUGCACUGUCACACUCUCUGCUAUUGAUCCCUGCACUGUGUAUGAUUCUGAUCCCAGCACACUCUCUCCUACUGAUCCCUGCGCUGUCUAUGAUUCUGAUCCCUGCACUCUCUCUACGUCUGAUCCCUGUGCUGUCUAUGAUUCUGAUCCCAGCACACUCUCUCCUACUGAUCCCUGUGCUGUCUAUGAUUCUGAUCCCAGCACUCUCUCUACAUCUGAUCCCUGUGCUGUCUAUGAUUCUGAUACCAGCACACUCUCUCCUACUGAUCCCUGCGCUGUUUAUGAUUCUGAUCCCAGCACUCUCUCUACCUCUGAUCCCUGCACUGUGUAUGAUUCUGAUCCCAGGACACUCUCUUUUACUGAUACCUGCGCUGUCUAUGAUUCUGAUCCCAGCAAUCUCUCUACGUCUGAUCCCUGUGCUGGCUAUGAUUCUGAUCCCAGCACACUCUCUCCUACUGACCCCUGCGCUGUAUAUGAUUCUUAUCCCAGCACACUCUCUCCAACUGAUGCCUGCACUGUGUAUGAUUCUGAUCCCAGCACACUCUCUACUUCUGAUCUGUGUGCUGUGUAUGAUUCUGAUCCCAGCACUCUCUCUACGUCUGAUCCCUGUGCUGUCUAUGAUUCUGAUCCCAGCACACUCUCUACUUCUGAUCUGUGUGCUGUGUAUGAUUCUGAUCCCAGCACUCUCUCUACGUCUGAUCCCUGUGCUGUCUAUGAUUCUGAUCCCAGCACACUCUCUCCUACUGAUCCCUGCGCUGUCUAUGAUUCUGAUCCCAGCAAACUCUCUCCUACUGAUCCCUGCGCUGUCUAUGAUUCUGAUCCCAGCACUCUCUCUACGUCUGAUCCCUGCAUUGUGUAUGAUUCUGAUCCCAGGACACUCUAUUUUACUGAUACCUGCGCUGUGUAUGAUUCUGAUCCAAGCACAGUCUCUCCUACUGAUCCCUGCGCUGUAUAUGAUUCUUAUCCCAGCACACUCUCUCCUACUGAUCCCUGCACUGUGUAUGAGCCUGAUCCCAGCACACGCUCUCCUACUGAUCACUGCACUGUGUAUGAUUCUGAUCCCAGCACACUCUCUACUACUGAUCCCUGUGCUGUGUAUGAUUCUGAUCCCAGGACAAUCUCCUCUACUGAUCCCUGCACUGUCACACUCUCUGCUAUUGAUCCCUGCACUGUGUUUGAUUCUGAUCCCAGCACACUCUCUCCUACUGAUCCCUGUGCUGUCUAUGAUUCGGAUCCCAGCACUCUCUCUACAUCUGAUCCCUGUGCUGUCUAUGAUUCUGAUACCAGCACACUCUCUCCUACUGAUCCCUGCGCUGUUUAUGAUUCUGAUCCCAGCACUCUCUUUACCUCUGAUCCCUGCACUGUGUAUGAUUCUGAUCCCAGGACACUCUCUUUUACUGAUACCUGCGCUGUCUAUGAUUCUGAUCCCAGCAAUCUCUCUACGUCUGAUCCCUGUGCUGUCUAUGAUUCUGAUCCCAGCACACUCUCUCCUACUGACCCCUGCGCUGUCUAUGAUUCUGAUCCCAGCACUCUCUCUACGUCUGAUCCCUGCAUUGUGUAUGAUUCUGAUCCCAGGACACUCUCUUUUACUGAUACCUGCGCUACGUAUGAUUCUGAUCCCAGCACAGUCUCUCCUACUAAUCCCUGUGCUGUAUAUGAUUCUUAUCCCAGCACACUCUCUCCUACUGAUCCCUGCACUGUGUAUGAUUCUGAUCCCAGCACAAUCUCUCUUACUGAUCCCUGCACUGUGUAUGAGCCUGAUCCCAGCACACUCUCUCCUACUGAUCCCUGCACUGUGUAUGAUUCUGAUCCAAGCACAAUCUCUCCUACUGAUCCCUGCACUGUGUAUGAGCCUGAUCCCAGCACACUCUCUCCUACUGAUCCCGGCACUGUGUAUGAUUCUGAUCCCAGCACAGUCUCUCCUACUGAUCCCUGCGCUGUAUAUGAUUCUUAUCCCAGCACACUCUCUCCUACUGAUCCCUGCACUGUGUAUGAUUCUGAUCCCAGGACAAUCUCUCCUACUGAUCCCUGCACUGUGUAUGAGCCUGAUCCCAGCACACUCUCUACUACUGAUCCCUGUGCUGUGUAUGAUUCUGAUCCCAGCACACUCUCUACUACUGAUCCCUGCACUGUGUAUGAUUCUGAUCCCAGCACACUCUCUACUACUGAUCACUGCACUGUGUAUGAUUCUGAUCCCAGGACAAUCUCUUCUACUGAUCCCUGUACUGUGUAUGAUUCUGAUCCCAGCACACUCUCUACUACUGAUCCCUGCACUGUGUUUAAUUCUGAUCCCAGCACACUCUCUCCUACUGAUCCCUGA